CGAGCAGAGCAGAUAGAUAGCAAGCUUCGAAAGCUAGCUCCCUCCUCGCGGCAGGCUCCACCAUCCCUGAGGCACGUGCGAGCAGUGCACGGCAUGCAGGAGUUCCAGCCCAUCCCCGGCCUGGCCGGGCGGCUGUUCGGCGGCGCGGCGGAUCGUCCGGCGGGCCUCCUCCGCCACGGCGGGGCGCCGGAGGAGGUGCGCUGCCCGCGGUGCGACUCGGCCAACACCAAGUUCUGCUACUACAACAACUACAACCUCUCGCAGCCGCGCCACUUCUGCAAGGGCUGCCGCCGGUACUGGACCAAGGGCGGCCUCCUCCGCAACGUCCCCGUCGGGGGCGGGUGCCGCAAGCCCAAGCGAAAAGCCGCCGCCGCCUCCUCCUCCGACGUCGAUAAGGACCCCUCCGGCGCCAAUAGCGAGGCCAAGAACGCACGCUCCGGCUGCAGUGCUGGCAGCUCCAGCCUCACCUCCGGUGCCUCGUCCGCGUCGACGAACACCGUCAAUGACGUUGGUGCAUGUGCCGCGGCCCACUCGAGCGGCGGAAGCAUGCCGUUCACAGGCCUUGGCCCAAGCACCUUCAUCGCAGACGCGCCGCCUCUGCAGCCGCCGACGGCGAUGUUCACCGACCAGGCGGCCGCGUUCGCGUCGCUCUUCGGGACGCCGCUUCCGGCCUUCACCUUCUCAGCGCAGCGCAAGGCCGAGGACGACGUUGCCCCUGCAGUCACAUCCACAGAACAGCCGUCGUCGGCGUCUUCCACCGCAGACCUGGCGCCGUUCUCCGCACGGUCAACUGGCGCGGCGACGGCAUCAGCGUCAGACUGGCCGCCGGCGACGAUGAUCGACGCCGGGAUAUUCGACAUCGCCGGCGCCGUCGGGAGCGACACGACGUCGUACUGGAACACGGCGAGCUGGACUGACCCGGACGGGACGGUAUACCUGCCCUAGCGCGACGCGCGAUGACGAUCGUGCGCGCGGCCGCCCGCUCAGCCCCGUCGUCGCUUGCUCCAGCUUCGGUCGAAGGCUUGUCUAAUCGUAACCACCGCUGUCUUAAUCUAUACUACACCUUCUAAUCCUCUCAGUGUGCCGGCAGCUUGGCUGCUUCUGUCGUUUCUUUCCAUGCUAGCAAAUUAUGGCUGAACUUCAUUUUAAAAUUUGAUUGAUUACUACGGGUUUGUUGUAGCCAGCGAGCUUUAGUAGCUGGUAGCUACAAUUAAUCAGUGUAAAUAUCAUGAUCGGUACUCCUAAUUCUAA